AUGGUUCCGGACGCAUCCCCAGACACGUCGUCGAUCUCGACUUCGUAUCGCAGUGCGUCGACCUUCCCUCCCCUACAGCCGUCGCGCUCGCAAGCCCCGUUGCUGCACUCUCCCUACGGCCGCCUCAGCGACGACGGCUUUGCGCACCCCUUCCUCCGUGCGGGCACUCCAACCACAGCUAGAGAGGAGGACGUUUCAGGCGUGUCCAGCAACACUACCGACCCGGCCACCCCUCGUGCUUUGCUGGAACGCUCGCUCUCCAACGAUCGGACCGCGACACCCGUUGGCUUGCAGGUCACAACCCUCGCCUUCCUCGCGGCCAAUGUUGCGGAGCUGAGCGCCACCGUGGCUUCGCUCGCCGACAGCGUUAAUGGCAUGCGCGCUGCGGUGGAGCCCAAGACUCUUCCCUUCCUCAACUCCCCCAUCGGGUCACUAGGGUUGCUUACGACCAUGGUCACGGACGCUCUGGCCGAGACCAGGCAGAUGAAUGAGGCCAACACGGCAGGUGUGGCGUCGCUCUCAGCGAUGCUCACCUCUCUUUUGGCGCGUGUCACAACUGUCUCGACAGGCAUGGAGAGCAUGCGCACGAUGCAGCAGCAUACCCACGAAGUGCAGUCCACCGCCUUCGGCCUAUUCCAGAAGAUGAUGGAAGAGCUGAAGAAUGCGUCCACAGCAGAGAGUGCUUCUCUGGCCUCACUUGCGUCUCUCACGACGACGCUCGACGAAAUGCGCGCCGAGCAGUCCAGCCGCUUAACAGCGCAGGUUGACACUCUGCCUUGUCUCCUGCCCACACUUAACGACAUCCUCAACGACACCAAGCACACAGUCAACACAUUCCGCGUCGUUGAGGGUCUCCGUGAAGACCAUAACACCACUGCCCAGGUGCUUCAGGAGAUCAUUGAGCAGACCAAGCCCGUCGCGUCCCUCGCGGCGGACAUCGAGAUAGUCCGCCUCCAUCUGGAGAAGCGGGCGGCAGCCUCUCAGACGUCGACGCCUCCCUUAUCCGGGGAUGAACUCUCCCCUGAGCACGCGGGGACUACGGUCGACAGCAGCGAAAUCGCCUCCCUCACGUCGGCUCUCGACACCAUGCGCAGCCAGCUCGAGAACGCGCAGGCCGAGGCGGCCGAGCGGGAAAUGAUCCUUAUCAAGGAGAAGGACAAGCUCAUUGCAGUUCUCGCCAAUGAGCGCCAGGACCGCAGUGGCGUCGAAGCCAAUCUCCGGCACACCAUUACGGAGCUGGGCCAAGAACGCGACGGGGAGUACACCACCGCCGCUGCGGAGCGUGCUGCGCGCGCUCAGGCUGAGGCGGACAAGACCGAGGCCCAGCGCAAGCUGUCAGAGUGGAUGGCUGGGCACCCAGCGCCCUUCGACACGCCGCAGCCCACCAUGGACGCGCCGCAGAUCGUCGCCGACAAGAUCACUGUUGACAAGACCCAGUCCGCCGUGCACAAACCGCGACCGGUCGUUGACAAGCCUCGUCCUCUAUCUGCGGCUGCAACCUCGUCCACGGGUUCUGCGGCACCGUUCGUCAGCACAGAGCCCUCUCUACAGCCCUCCCUACACAGCAACAAGUCGAGGGAAUGGCACAACGCCCCCUUCCCUCCUCUCCCUCAGUUCCCUAACUACCGCCUGCCUCGCUCGGGCUCUGGAGGGCGCCCCGUCAAGCCGCGCGACGGUUAUACCGGGCGCAGCGGUGGUGGGUAUCUGAGCGGCUGGAAAUCUGGCGGAAACCGCUCAAACUAUCGCGAGAAUGCCCACCGUGCCAAAUCCCGCGAGAGCGACUACGAUGUCGAUCCUCGCGAGAUCAGCAAAGGCACCAACCCUCGCGACGCGCGUGCUGGUGGAUACCGUGCCAACAAACACGGCAACGGCUGGUAG